UGCCCGCAUCUCCCAUACCGGCUUAAGCCGGUAUAAAAAUCUGCCAAGACAAGAAAGAAAGACAGACAGAGAGAGAGAGAGGGAGGGAAAACUAAAGGAGAGGAAACACGAGGACCGGUCGGUUAUUUCAGGUGAUGCACGCGGAGUUCGUGUAGAAUUAGAGAGGAUAUUUUGGACCGAACUGGGAGUUGUGGUCCGUGUGAACAGCGGUACAGAGAAAUAAAGCCGGUGUCAAGUUGCUGUGCGUUAAUUCACGGUGUGUUGGUGAAGAAAAAGGGGAAAAGUGGCUCGUUAGUGUUAAAAUGUUGUCCAGGUUGCUGAAGGGAAGGUAGCUUGGGGUUGUUUUUGUGGUAUUUUCGAGCAGCAGUGAAUAAACUAUUUUCCACGUUUUUGCUCCAUCAGCAUUUUUGGUAAUCACCAUGAUGGGAUUCCUGCCCGCUCUGCACCUCUGCAUGAAACCCAACGUCUACCCGCAGACUCCUGACGGAGGAUGGGGCUGGGUCGUGGCUGUGGCCUUCUUUUUCGUGGAGGUUUUCACCUACGGCAUCAUCAAGGUCUUCGGCAUCUUCCUGCAGGACCUCACCCACGAAUUCGGAGAGACAAACAGCCGCGUGUCCUGGAUCAUCUCCAUCUGUGUCUUUGUCAUGAGCUUCACAGCUCCUCUGUCCUCGGUGCUCAGUAACCGGUUUGGAUUUCGGCCGGUUGUGAUGGUCGGAAGUUUCCUGGUCAGUUUGGGGACCAUCGCUACGGCCUUCACCACAUCCAUCCCUCAGAUGUACAUCACAACAGGCCUCAUUACAGGCCUCGGUUACUGCCUCACGUUCCUGCCCACCGUCACCAUCCUCUCGCAGUACUUCAACAGGCGCAGGUCACUCGUCACGUCCUUCGCCUCCACCGGGGAGUGUUUCUCACUUUUCGCCUUGGCUCCAGCCUUCAGUGCUUUGAAAGAGCAGGUUGGCUGGCGUAAGUGCAUGAUUAUCAUGGGGCUCCUUCAAGCUUCUAUGAUUGGCUGUGGAGUCCUGCUCAGACCAAUCAUCAUCCAGCCCGAAUGUUCGAAGCCGAAAGAAGAACUGGAAGGUCCCGAGUCUCCUCUUAACACGAAUGCUGAAAACAAAUACGACCUGGAGAACGAGCUCACGCGCACGUCGUUGAACUCCGUCGACUCCGGUGUUGAGUCCAUCUCCUCAAUCGAGCAGGCCAAAAUCGCAGAAAUGGACCCGGAGAAGGUGGAGAGAGGAGAAACCGAGGAGGACGAUCACCAGGCACUGCCUUCCACUCCUCUAAAACAAAACCAGAACGAGGAGAGAAAAAGUAAACGCCUCGAUUUUUCGCUGCUCAAAGACCCUGGCUUCAUUUGCUACUCCCUCUUUGGCCUCUUCGCCACGCUGGGUUUUUUUGCACCGCAGCUCUACGUGAUUGAGCUGAGCGUAUCUCGUGGGGUGCAGCGCAAUAAAGCGACCUACAUGCUGUCCGUCAUGGCCGCGGCCGAGAUGUUUGGGCGCCUGUCCAUCGGCUGGGUGAUGAACCGCAAAAUCCGCAAAAUCUACAUCCUGCUGAUCUGCACAGUGCUCCUGGGCAUGGUGCUUGCACUCUUCCCUGCAGUCUCCUCACAUUUCUGGGCACUCGCUUCCUGCUGCGCUGUCUGCGGGUUCCUGUUCGGCACGGUCGCCUCCACGCACAUCCCCAUGCUCGCAGAAGAUGAUUUGUUGGGCAUGGAGAGGAUGACGAUGGGUGCCGGUGUUUACAUUUUUGUCCAAAGCUUUGCUGGCCUUGGCGGUCCACCACUUGCAGGCAUGUUGGUGGACAAGACUCGGGACUAUGGCUCGGCGUUUUACUCCAGCGCGGCUGGGGUGUGCGUUGGCGCUUUGUUUCUCUCACUGGUGCGACCAGCUAAAACCGGUUGGAGCUGCUGCAAGAGGGACAGCAAGUGUGUAAAACAGGACGUUAUUCCAGAUGACUUUGUGGAAGUGGACCUGGAUCUGAAGAGCAGUGAGGAGACGAAGAACUUGGCACAAGUCUGAUAGACAAAUGUUACAAGAACACGCACACACGCACAAAACUUGAACAAUCCACCCUGAGACAGACAUCAUGGAUGUUGAUUCCUUUUUUUGUGCCUCGUUUUCUUCUCUCCCCCCCCCCCCCCCCUUUUUUUUUUCCCCAGACCAAAUGAAACCUCAAAGCUGGUGAUGCUGCUGUUCUCAUUAACAUAGACUUGAUUUUAGUAUUUUGUGUCAAAGUUAUAUAGAUCUCCAUAAGAGUGAGUGAUGUGUAACAGAGGAUAUGUUACAUCACCAGUUAGUGUUGUUCGUUUUAGGCAAUAUCAAGUCAGCAACUUUUUUUUUAAAUCCUUGUCUCGUAAUUUAUUCAUCAAAAUAUGCAGCAGUUUUGAGAAGAUAAAUUCCAGUAUAGAACAAUGUUUGUUUGUUUUGUAAGCGUUUAUUUUCUAAGCCCUAAGAAGUUGCCUGUUUGUGAUGCAUCGCCUGCUCAGAUCACCUGCCCGUCUCUGUAUUCACCAUGGUUGGUUUUUUUUAUAUCCAUAAUGGCACUAAUUGGAGUAAUCUGGCAGAAAUGUCUCAAAAUGUCAACAUAAUUUGCUUGAUGAGAAGUACAAAAUCAUGCAGUGUGUUUUUAAUUUAGGGGAAGAAAAAAAAAGUCUCGAGUUGGAAUCGUUCCCAAUUGCAGAGAGAGGAAUCCAUGGGCCGGAAGCUUGACACUAUACGAAAUGGGUGUGGUCAUUAAUAUUGGGCGGAGUUAAAUUCAAAAAGCUGCCAACAACCAAAGAGCUUUCAGUAUGGAUCUGACAAGGUUUCUUUGUAUUAUUAUUAUUUUAAAUAAUGAAAAUUUGUUACAGUGCAAGUUCUCCUCAUUCGUUGUCUUAAUUAAACCAUAAGAAUUUGGCUUCGGCAAUUCAUUUAGCCCCGCCCCCCUCUCCUUUAAGUCUACUCCUAAGAUUUUUGCCAUAGCUUCCAAGGACUCCGAGCCAGAACCUCCAAAAAUGAUCAAAAGCAUGAGAGUUGAAUACCAUAUGGUCACCACAUGCCAGUCAGUGCUUGUAGGGCGGAGCUUAAUUGACUCAAAUAGCUCAAACUCGUCAUGAAUGCACAAAAAACAAAACAAAAAAAGGAUGAUGUUCUGAGGUGUCGUUAUUCAUAGGGGGCUGAGUUUUGUUCAAGUAUAUUGGUGAGUCCGAUUCUGAAACGUAGGCCUUCAUCAUUCAUGUCUGAUGUUGUAUGGUGUUAAAAACCUUUCACUUUCAUGGUGAACAAAAUUACAGGGUUGGUUUCUCUAAGAAGGAACCUUAGAGGAUCGUUCUCUUUCUACCUUCUAAGGAACCUUUGGACAGAUCUUGCUGUUCAAAAACUCUCCCUCCUUGUGGUGCUCAGCCAGAUGCUCACAAUAACAUCCUGCAUGUUGAAUGUGCUAAUAUAUUACGUGAUGGAUGAUUGACACAUUAUUAUUAUUAUUAUUAUAAUAAUAAUAAUUUUUUAUUGUUAUUGUCAUUCCUACACUCCAGGGCAUGUAGAUCCAGCUGCAUGUCUUCCAUGUUGUGCAUUUCUUUUUUUCUUUAUUCUAAAACUUUUGUAAAAGAUGAAGAAUGAAUGAAUGUUGAACCAUAAAUCCUGUGUCACUAGCACACCACAAAUCAAACUCUCAUUCCUUUAUUUUGCUAUUUAAUCCACAUCUUUUAAUUCAUUACCAAACUUGAAUAUGUUGCGGGCGAGAAACAAUCACUCCUAAAACCUAGAAGUGUGUACAUAAUACUGAUAGGCCCCACUCGAAUACUGAUUUUAAUGUGCCCUUCACUUCUUCCUGUCCCCAUUUCCGCUUGAUUCUACUGUAGUGCGUAAGAUGAGGGGUUGAACGGCCAUCGCUUGAGGUUUUCGAAGUUUUUAUAUAAAGAAGAUGUUGCUGCAGUCGGACGCGGUUUCCUUUUUCAAAAUGGUGCAUGAAGCUGUUUAACAGAAGCAAUAAAACUUCAAACGGCUGUACAGCAGAAGUGAAAUAACUGUUUAAUCAGCUAGCUAGUUAGCAGGCCUGCUAGUUUGCACCUUGUGUAGCGAUGCAUGAGAAUUACACACUCCAUAUUGUUUUUUUUUUGGGGGGGGGGGGGGGAACCUACCCGCUGAUUGUACGAAGGACACAUUAAAAGCUGUACUGGGGCGUGGGGAUGUUUUAAACUUGAACCCUGAUGCACUCUCAAACUCUUAAUGACUUGAAUGGCUUUGAUUGAUUUAUUAUAUUGUCUCUGCCAUAGUGUUAUGAUUGCACUGUACGUUGCUGGUGGUUUCAUUUUUUACAACACGUUGGACAUCUUAUUUAGUCUUAGUUCCUGAUUUUUUUUUAACUGAAACUUGUAUGUGCAAUGAAACCAAACCACAAUGUAAAUUUUUGCCUCUGAAAUGCUGCAACUGCUGUACUGCAAUUAGAUUAUUUACACAGGAAUAAACUAUGUGAUUCUCUGUUAUGUA